CCGGAAAUCAGUGAAUUGCGUUUUCUUAUUAAGAUAAGACACACUGACUUUGUCACUGUUGUUAAAAAGUUUAGAUCCUUAAGAAACAGAAAACAUCUUACUCUUCUUUCCGAUCUACUUGGGUUUUUCCAUGGAGCUUCCGGAUCUGUUAAUGUUCAAGCCUCAACAGGCCUAUAAAAUUUUGCCUAAAAGCACAACAUUUGGCGAAGAAGCAAGAAAUAAAAUGGAUAAACAGAAGAGGGAAGCAGAAAAGAGAGCUUUCCAGAUAUACAUCUGUGCUAUUUUAAAUUCUAAAGGUGGGGUGCUCAUUUGUAACAUUACCAAUACCAACUACAGUUACAAUGAACAUGGCAUCGGUCAAGAUCUAGAACAGUGUUUAAACACCUUGAUUUAUCCUGCACGAAUUGAAGAUUUCAUUCAGUUCAAACAGCAACAACAUAUUCUACUCACUGAGAUAUGGCCAUGGAAUCCAGUUGAGGGGCGAGCACACAUUUGCAGUGUUACCAGUGGCCUUUUUGAAAGAUCUCGAACAUUUACUCGGGCCAUAUUACCCCAUGCAGCAAAAGAUUUCUUUGAUAGACAGACAAUCAUGAAGACAGUUGAAGUAAUGGAGAAUAAUUAUAAGAAAGCUAAUUUGUUCUAUAUAGAGGCAAGAGUUUCCCUAGAUCAGACUUUAGAAUUUGGUGAAGAUAUGUAUGUUGAGUUCAAAAGUUUUUGCAGUGAAAAAAAGCUCAAAGAAAGGCUCAAAGAAACGCUUCCCCGGUACCUCUCCGCUUUCGCGAACUCAAGCGGUGGAUUCCUGUUCAUUGGCAUCGAUGACAAAACCAGAAAAGUAGUUGGUUGUGGCAAGGAUAUGGAUCGUAAUGAAUUACAGAAUAAUAUCAAAGCCAUAUGUGCUAAACUGAAAGAUAUUCACAUAUGUCAGUAUAGAAGAGACUUCAUGUGGUCUCCAGAGGUUAAGGUCUUUCCUGUUGAAGAAACAACAGCAUUUAUUAUUGGGAUAAAAAUCCCACCAGUUUGUUGUGCUGUGUUUGCAGAAGAUCCAGAAAGCUGGGAGAUUAAGGAAGGGACAAUAUCUCGACUUUCUUGCAGUGAUUGGGUGAAAAAAAUGACAAAUCAUGAAUCAAAAAGUCUGUGGGAGUUAAUCACACAUAACGUUAAUAAGUUAUUGAGUAUGUUUGUCUUACAAAGUUCUAAUAUAAUAAUAACAAAUAUAAUUAAAAAAUUGUAUACAAAUUUGUGUCCUAUUCCUACCCAAAGAAGGAAAGCUUCUUCCCUUCCCCAGCACCAAUAGUGACCAAUAAAUGAAAUAGAUGCUCUAAAAAACAGUCACAGACCUCAUUUAUUUACUUGUUAUAUAUCAAAAAUCGCUCUUCUCAGCAUGUCCUGCCUCUGUUUGCUCUGUUACAAGGAGGGAUAACUUCUAAAUUCAUACAAAACUGUCCAGUGUAUUCCAAACGGAGCUAAUGAAUUCCAUGUGUUUUUUUUUCUGCUGAGCUGCACAGCCCGUCAUCUACUGAUGCAAGAAGAGUCCCUGGUUGUUUGCUCGUGGGUCUGACCAACAUGGACCCUCCAGCUGUACCUGAUUAGCUCAUCUGCAUGUCCAUCAGAUGUGUCUGUCCAGCAGCAACCCUCCAGCUAUACCGGAUUGGCUCAUUUACCAGACCAGACUGCUCUGACCAGCAGGGACCUUCCAUACUUGAUUGGCUCAUAACCACUGCCAUUGGCUCUCUUGCCAGAAUGUGUGGACUACAAACUGAAUAAGUCCAGUAUUUUUGCCAAAUAUGUUGGUCAUUCCAUUUGGUUUGUUAGCUGCUUCUUCUUCUUCAUACGUUUUAAAGCAUGUUAAAGGUAUAAGCAACUUUUAUUUAUUUUGCGCUAUUUGCCAUCCAGUGUCAACCAGAGGAGGAUGGGUUCCCCUUCUGAUCCUGGUUCCUCUCAAGGUUUCUUCCUUCUGCUCUCUGGGAGUUUUUCCUUGCCACUGUCGCCUUGGCUUGUUCAUUAGGGGCUUGGAACUGGAUUCUAUGUACAUAUGAUCUCUGUAAAGCUGCUUUGUGACAUGUGGUAUAAAAAUGCUUUAUACAAAUACA